UAUAUAUAUAUAUAUAUAUUUAUAUUUAUAUCUUUUUACUAUUUAUACUCUUGACAUGGGACGCAGAAAAAUCAAGAUCCAACCAAUUCAUGAUGAUCGCAACAGACAGGUUACCUUUCUCAAAAGAAAAAAUGGACUUAUGAAAAAAGCUUAUGAACUAAGUGUACUUUGUGGAUGUGAUAUUGCCUUGAUUAUCUUUAAUUCAAACAACAAAUUGGUACAAUAUUCAAGUAAUGAUAUUGAUAAAGUAUUGAUGCGAUAUACAGAGGUAAACUUCAAUAUAUAUAUAUAUAUAAUAUACCAAUUAAUCAUUUUUUUUUUCUGUUUACUACUAUCAGUUUGGUGAUCCUUAUGAGACUAAAACAAAUAAUGACGUAAGUAUUAUUCAAUCAAAAGAAGCAAAAAAAAAAAAAAA